AUGUUUACCCGAGUCCCCCCCACCGGCCCAGAACAAGAUGGCGGCUUCACCUCUCACCCCAGCACCGCGUGUCACGUGGGGCGGAACGGAGAGACGCGUUGCCGAGACAACCCAGCGCACAUUUUUCACGUCACUUCCGCACGGGAAGCCUCCCUGUGUGCGGCAGUAUGGCUUAAAGGGUACACGUUGAACACUGAGAUGGCAUCACCAGCAAAUCCACAAAGUGCAUUCAAAAUUUUGCGUCCUUACUGCGUGAAGCUGACGCAAGAGCAAACAGUGCAAAAUGUGAAGUACCUACAGGAACAGAUAGAUGAUGUUGAGGCAUCCACACUGCAAGAUCUCUUGGAGUACAUACUGUUUCCUCUACGCUUCACCUUGAAAACCCCUGGUCUCAAAAAGCCUGGCCUUGUGCAGGCUGUGUUGGACUGUAUUUCCCAUCUCCUCUCACUCACAUGUCUAAAAAACCCAGACACUCUACAAGAGAUGUUCAGUGAGCUCUGCAGCUGCCUUCCUCCUGAUAAAACGGAGCCAGUCUCCGAGGAGCUGAAACUUAGUGUUGUGUGUGCUGUGCGCUCUUUGCUGCAUUCCUCCUGUGCGGAUAUCCUUCCAAUGCUAUAUAAGCCAGCCAGACUUCCUGAACUGGGAUUCACCAUCACUCUGUUGCUGAAACUCGCAGAGUUUGAAAAGUCCCGGCAGAUCCGAUUGGAAGCUUUAUCCUGUUUGGAGGCACUGCUUUUCCAGAAUGGAAAUCAAGAGACUGGAUUGGGUGAUUUGUUUGCUUCUUUUCUUCCUGGACUGUGUACAGCCUUAACUAGGAUCAUUUGUGGAGAUCCCAAACAGGGGUACAGAGUUACUUGUGGUGCUUUGAGACUCUGGGCUAAUAUAGUUUGCAUAGUAAUGUCUGAUGAAAUUCUAGCAAAGGUGGUUGAGAAGAAACCCACUGUCCAAGGGAUAUCAGGGCGGGUGGCAGAGCUUCUUGUGCACAGGGACAAGGACUGGGUCAAACAGACUGCUGGUCGACUCUCAGUUCACCUUUCGAAAAUCACAGAGCACUGCACAUCUGAUCCCCACUGGAAAGUAAGGCUGUCAUUGGUUGAAUUGGCUCAAGUUUUGCUAAGACAAUGCUGGGGUUCUUUAGGUGAGGCAAAUGGGAAUCUCCUGAAAAUCCUUGUGGGACAUACAAGUGAUGACAGAAAUGAAGUCAAGGCAAGAGCACAAGAGGUUUUGCUGGAGGUUUCCCAGGAAGGUCCUACAUCAAGGACACUGGGUGAGGUGUUGUCAGAGAAUCUCCACUCUCUUGCUGUGAGUCUUCCUCGACUGCUCAGUUCUCAGGAUGACCAAGGAAAACUGCACACAUUAGCACUUCUUAUUGGUUACAUUCAGUUACUGGGUCCCAGGCUCACGUUAACUUUGCACUCCCAAGCUCAUCUCCAACGCCUCUCUGCUGCUCUUUUGCAGACUUUGGAGCUAGAUUUGUGCUCUGUUAAAGUGGUGGAGUCUCGCCUCCAAUCCUCUGUUGCGCCUCUUCAGCAGCAAAAUCCCACCCUUUCUGUGUUUCAGCAGAAAAACUUUCGCCUCUUUAGAGACCUCCGCGUGUUGUGUUCUAUUGAGAUGGUCUGUCGGCUGUUGGGAUAUUAUGGAGACCUUUGCCUGCUAACAGACCAUUUCCUGGGAUUAUACAGGACACAAAGGUUGCCUGCCAUAAUUGUGCUGAAUCAGCUGGUGCUAGGUGCGGCUGGAAUUGAAGUGGAAGUACUUGAUGGGAGUAGCAGGGUACUGGAUGUAAGUGAGCUACUUGAUAUUGUACGCCCUCUUCUAGAAGAAUACAUAGAUCCAGUUAACUGGCAUCUGCAUGCCUGUCAAAGCAGUCAUGAGCUGGGGAAUGAAUUGGCAUUGCUCAGCCUUGGCUCUUCUGCCAAGCCCACCCUCGGUGAUAUGAGUGCCAACGCUUGGAAGCUUUGUCUUCAGCUGGAGGGUAUUUCCUGUUUUGCACGAGCAUUAGGAAUCACCUUUCGCCAGUUGCUCAUAUCUGCACUGUAUCCAUUGCUAGAGAAAGCUGGAGACCAAUCACUGAUGGUCAGUGGGGCCGCCAUGGUGGCAAUGGGGGAAGUCAGUCUGGCUUGUGGAUACCAAGAUGUGAGCCAGCUGAUUGAGGCCAAUGCAGACUACUUAGCAAGUGAAGUCUCCAUUGGACUACGUCGCCUUCGAUGGAAGUACGGGGGCCCCCCGUGUGUGUUACAAGCAAUGCUGCAAAACUCUGGCCCCAGCCUUCUGCCUUUGCUUGGGGAACUUGUCCAAGAUUUACUGUCAGCAUUGGACCAGUCUCAGGAAAAUGGCGUCAGGGUUCUACUGCCAGUGCUGAAUUCACUAGUCGAUCACUUAGGGAAGUGGUACCCCCCAGAAGACAAACCUUUGGUGCCACAGUUGAAUCAAGGACAACCCAACGUUGGGAACUUGGUUCAGGAAAUACAGGAAUUUCUUCAGGAACAUGUAAAGCAGCAGCAGCUGGCAAGAGGAGAGUUCCAAGAGGAGAAUGAAGAAGAGCUCCAUAAAGACGACAAAGAUGUACCUUUUGAACCCAAGCCUGAUGAUGAUGAGAAGCCACCAAUACCCACUCAUGUCCAGAUCUCCAAAGAAGUGGCCGAGAAAUGCACACACUUUCUUUCCCACAGUGACCCACAGAUCCGAAUGCAGGCUUUAGACACCCUGCGGCUUUCACUGCUGUCGCUGCAAACACAGGAGAAUGUGCUUCUGCCUCUUGCACACAAGAUCUGGCCCUGCCUGGUAAAGAGACUAUUACAGGAUGAGCCACUCAUACUGCUGCGAGCCUUUCAGGUGCUGGUGUGCCUAGCGGUCUCAUGUCGAGACUUCCUCCGGCAGCGUGUGUGCAAGGAUGCCCUUCCUGCAUUUCUGAAGUCUCUGCGCUCUCAGGCUUCCGUCAGUGUUCGAGCUGGGCCCAUCUACACACACACACUGGGCUUCAAACUGCAGCUAGCCUUGCUGGAGGGCCUGGGCACUCUUUGUGUGACUCUGGGACUAGGUGACAGCGAUCUGCUGGAGGUGAUAGAUUCAUGUAUGCUGUAUCUGAGCUCCAGACAGCCAAAGAAACUGCAGGAGGCAGCAAUAAGCGCCUUCCUUUGUUUUGCACAGCUUGACCCGGAUAUAGUGUGGCUAUACCUGUCCCCAUGGAUGAGCCUGCUGACACUUCCCCAUCCUUCUCUCAUACCUCUGCCUUGCACGUCUAGAGCCCGUGAUGAGUAUUCACACAAUGCAUGCAACCUCCUGCAAAGGAUUCUGUAAAACUGGGCAGAUGAUCUUUGACAGAGCGCGGGCAUUUGGCUGUAGAAAACAGCAGCAGUGGGAUGCACUAUAAUUGCGUUCGGUUGAAGUUCAGACUAUGGAGCUGGUUUCAAGAAAGGACAAUAUUCAAUGCACUUUUUGAUACAAUAAAACAAAUAUGAUUGUA